UCGUCGGUUCCCAUGUUAUCUUAAAAAAUUGCGGUUUUUGACAGAUCCGGCCCACCCCACUGAAAAAAGCCAAAGAAAGCACUAAAUUGAGUAGGGCCUAAAUAGUGUCCGUGGAACAUAUUCUUGAACUAUCUUAAGAUUCUACGCUUUUCAGCUGUGCAAAUUGCAAAAAAUGUCAGCAACUUUGAGGCCUUACUUGUCCGCAGUUAGAAGUACACUGGAAGCUGCAAUGUGUUUGGAAAACUUUUCUUCCCAAGUUGUUGAAAGACACAAUAAACCUGAAGUGGAAGUCAGAACAAGCAAGGAAUUAUUACUGAAUCCAGUUGUUAUUUCAAGAAAUGAGAAAGAAAAAGUCUUGAUAGAAGCCUCUAUUAAUUCUGUUCGGAUUAGCAUUUCUAUCAAACAGGCUGAUGAAAUUGAAAAAAUUCUUUGCCACAAAUUUAUGAGGUUCAUGAUGAUGCGAGCAGAAAAUUUUGUUGUUUUGAGACGAAAGCCUGUUGAGGGUUAUGACAUAAGUUUCUUGAUAACUAAUUUUCAUACUGAAGCCAUGUACAAACAUAAAUUAGUGGAUUUUGUCAUCCACUUCAUGGAAGAGAUAGACAAAGAAAUUAGCGAAAUGAAAUUGGCCGUCAACGCACGAGCCCGUGUGUGCGCUGAGGAGUUUUUAAAGCGGUUUUAAUUCGAGAAUUUAUUGGAUAACUGGAAGAAAAUUGAGACCAGAUAAUUCCCAAGUUUAUUUGCAUAAAAACCUGUUUCCAAGCCAAGCUAAUUCAGUAAAAUGAUCCGACUUGUGUACAAUCAGAUAACUCCUAGUUUGAGUUCAUGCACAAGCUCAAAAAAUAAUAAAUGAAAAUAUUACAGAAAA